GCCUUCUCUUCCUCGGCCAUAUAAACCACACCACCAUUCUUCGCUCAUUAUCACUCAUUCCCCUCGUUCUUUACUAUAUUUCGUGCAGCGCACGUUGCGGCUUGACGCUCGCUCUUUUUGUCAUUCUCUAGUUCCGAGACAGGCUUCUCGCUUCGAUUCUUUUUCUUUUUGCAUUCCUUUCCAAUAUGGUCUAUUUGAAGAACCUUCUUUCGACCGCCCUUCUGGCGUCAACGGCCUUUGCCCUCCCUCCUCCAUUGCGUCGAUCCAGCGGCAAUGAGACGGCCACGCAGUCCAAGCGCGGCGCCGCAUAUACUGAUAUCAAUGCCGUGCGCGACCUCGACGUAAACGGCGCCAUCUCCUGGGCCUACAACUGGGCCGCAACCCCCGGCGGCACCCUACCAGACGGCGUCGAGUUUGUCCCCAUGCUCUGGGGCACCAAGUCCAUCGCCGACUUCGUGGCCAACAUCGAAACCAUACUCUUCGGCAGCAGCAGCAAGUACAUCAUGGGCUUCAACGAGCCUGACCUCUCCGACCAAGCCGCCAUGUCCGUCUCCGACGCCGCUUCCACCUUCAAACAAUUCAUCACCCCCUACGCUGGCUGCGCUACACUGGUUUCCCCGGGCGUCACCAACUCCGAGGACUCAGGCAAGGGACUAUCCUGGAUGCGCGAGUUCCUGGGCUCAUGCUCCGACUGCGACAUCGGAGUCAUGGCCGUGCACUGGUACGGGACCGAACCUCGUGAAUUCACCAAAUUCGUGCAGCAGGCCAUCGACCUUGCCAACGAGCAGGGGCUCAAGGAAGUCUGGGUUACCGAGUUUUCGCUUACCACGGACAUCUCAAGCGGUGGGUUGACGAGUGCUUCUGCAAAUUUCCUGCGCCAGGUGCAGCCGUGGUUGGAUAGACAGUCGAUGGUUACUCGGUAUGCGUAUUUCUGGGCUGAGGAGGGGUUCUUGGUGCAGGGUGGUCAGCCUAGUCAGGCUGGUUGGGCUUAUAUUGGCUAAACCGGCUUUGAGAGCUCGUUACUUUUACAUUCGUUUUUUUUUUUUUUUUUUGU